AUGGAGGUCGAGAAUAUGGGGGACUGCACGGACACGAAGGAAAAAGUCGAAAUAGCAUGCAUUUUGGCAAGGAUUCUUGCUGCAGAGAGCGAAGCAGACGCCGCAAAGGCAGUCAAAGACCGUAUUAAGCGGCAGUUGCUACUCAACGGGUGUACAUUUUAUGCCUUGGCGCUUCCCACGAGAGUCUGCAACCGAUCGACGUGGGCUUUCAUCCGCCACGAAAAGUGGUUCGAGGAGACUGUGCCUCACCUCGGUGGCCACAACUUCAAGCAGUCGUUUCGAGUGAACCCCUCAACGUUCCGGUUUCUCGUGGAAAGUCUGCGCCAUGUGCUCGAAAAACAAGUUACCAACAUGCGUGACCCGAUCACUGCGGAAAAGCGUGUCGCCAUUGGCCUCUACAAAUUGUGCUCUUCUGCCGAAGAUAGAACUGUGGCAAACCUCUUCGGCGUUGGGCGCUCAUCCGUCAACGUCAUUUACAGAGAGUUUUGCGCAGCUGUUGUCUCUGUGCUCGAAAGUGACUGGAUCAGAAUGAUUACUGAAGAGGAAAUGCCUAGGCACAUCCAAGAGUUCGAAGCCGUGUGCGAUUUCCCUCAAGCUGGGGCUGCUUUAUUCACUUUGCACUUUGUUUUUUCUUGCAGGCACAGUAUUAUCCUACUAGCAUUGGUCGACCACAAGUAUCGAUUCAGAUACUGCAAUGUCGGUGCCCCAGGACGCUGCCACGACGCACAUGUGUUUGGUGUUUCACGGCUGUCGAAGAUUGUCAACAGUCCCCUUUUCAAAGCACCUGUUGCCGCAGUGGGUACCACAGCAGUCCCACCGAUAAUAUUAUGCGAUCAAGCAUUUCCACUAACCCCAAACCUCAUGAAGCCAUUUGGACACCGAACUGUCAUCAGUGAAGCUGAAAGGAAUUUCAACUGUCAUUUAUCUGGAGCAAGGAGGAUAGUUGAAAACGCAUUCGGAAGGCUAAAGGCCCGGUUCCGUUUCAUUGCGAAAAGAAUGGAGUGUUCUGUUGGCAAUGCCCGUUUGGCUAUACGAGCAUGCUGCGUGCUCAAUAACAUUUGCGAGCACUUCAACGACAGUGUCCACCCACAGUGGUUAAGUGAGGUGCAGCAGUCCAAUGCUACAUUUCCACAGCCAUCACGCAGAACAGAAGCUGAAAUUGGAAAUGCAUCCGCCAUCAGGACAGCACUUGUGGAAUAUUACAAGCGAAGGAACUGAACGCAAGAGUCCCAAGAAUCAGCAACAAUUGUGGAACACCAUGUCAGUUUUUACUAAAAAACUUCAACAUUGCAUCUACAAGUUUCUCUUGCAACUUGAGCCCCUCUUUACGGAGAUCCAUUUCCAUUUUGUGCGCAUCAGCAAACUGCUCUCUCUGCCGUCGCUGCUCCUCAAGCAUCCUUUCUUGAAAGUCGCCAGCCGGUUGCCUUCUCUUCCUGCGGGCACAUUCGGAACUGCCACUUGCGAGGUUCCUGGAUUCAACCUGUUGUACUGGCGACUCGGAAGGUGAACAAUCUUCGGCGACGUCUUCACAAGAAGCAGAGCCGGAAUCAAGCAUGUCGAAGAUCAGCUGCGUUUGAAGAAGGGAUCCGAAAUACAUUGACCACAUUAGUUGAUGUGUGAAGCGGUAAACAAUUAGUUCAGGGUUUUUACUUGCAAGAGAGCUGCCUCUCCUUGCGUGUAUGUAUUCACGUUUUUUUAUUUUAGAGUCUGCAUUUUUUUUAUUCUCCAAACAGCGCACUGCCAAGCUUGCAAAAUGAACAGCGCGUGAGCACAAGCAGAAAUGAACCACAGUAUUAACAAGAGCAGUCCGCUACACUGCAGGGUUGUGCAGAUUAUGGGCUUGGCAGCACAGCUGAUGCUACAUUAUGUCUUGAAAUUUAGUUGACUGUAAUAAAGCAUAUAUAGUCUCCAC